AAAAAUUUCCACAAAGACUUGACUUGUUUAAUGUCUCUCUAUAUAGACGUACCAAAAUUUGUUUCUACAACCAUCCCAUGAUUUAAUAUUAAUUCCAUACAAAAAUCAAGAAAAAAGAGAAGUUAGCAAAAUGGAGAACAUUUUUUCAAUAUCAGCAAUUAGUGCUUCAUUAUUGGGCAAAAAAAUAGCUGAUGACCUGAAUCAAUUUUUUUGUAUCAUAUUAAGAUGUACAAUUCUCAGCAUCCUAAGCACAUUUCAAGAUUUAUCUUAUUGUUUUUCUUUAUCAAUCCGAGCAAUAGGUUGGUUCUUCAUCAUUCUCCGAAACGCGUUGACUCGAGUUGAUCAUGAUACUAAUCCUCCCGAUGCUAAAAAUUGUGGACAUGAUUAUGAAAAUUGCGAUAACAAGGAAGAAAUUGUUGAGGAUAAACUAAUGGGUUUAUGCAAUUUAAAUGAGAAUGAAACAGAGUAUGCAGAGGUUUCGAGUUUAUUUGAUGAAGUAGAACCUAGUUUUGAGGAAAUUAAAGAAGCUUUUGAUGUGUUUGAUGAAAAUGGAGAUGGAUAUAUUGAUGCAAGUGAGUUAAUGAAACUUAUUUGGAGAAUGGGUUUAUCCGAAUUUUCGAUGGAGCAUUGCAAGAAGAUGAUUAUGGCCUUUGAUGAAAACAGAGAUGGAAAAAUUGAAUUUUCUGAAUUUUUGAAGCUCAUGGAACAGAGCUUUCGGGAUCCUGUAGCGUUAGACUGAGUUUUUUAUUCUCUAAUUUUUAUACCCUACUUCUAUUAAGUAUCAGGUGUAAAUCCAGUAAUAAUAUUGUCAUGUAACCAUAAUAAAAUUAACAAAACAGACACCGGGGGUCUUUGCAUUGGAAUUCGAUUUUUAUUUCAAUCUCA